AUGUCUCUUCCAGUAAAACCAAAUGUACUCGAUCAUCUGGUAUUUCUUUGUGCUGAUCUAAAUGCUGUUGCUGCCAACUUCACCGCUGCUGGUUUCACUGUCCAGAAUGGUGGGACACACGCAGACGGCCGAACGGAGAAUAUGCUUCUUGUCCUUCGCGACGGCGUCUAUAUCGAGCUCAUUGCUUUUGUUGAUUCAUCCAAAAAACAUUCCCACUUCUGGGCCGAUAAGCUUCCAGGUUGGAUUGACUGGGCUUGUCUUGGCGUAAAGCGCGGUGAAACCGGUAUUGAAGAGUUCUACGACGAACCCAUCGAUGGCGGCAGGUUAUUGGCUGAUGGUACGCGCAUUCAAUGGUCUGUCUCUUUCCCCCACAAGCAUUAUCCACGUGGUUCCAUUCCUUUCUAUUGUGGCGACAAAACUCCUCGGAAGCUACGCGUCCCAGAUAGCUUAGAGCACACCAAUGGCGUUCAAGGCGUUAAAGCUUUAACGUUACUAUGUAAUGACACCGCUCUCCAGGCAUCCGUUUUCCUCUAUAGUUCUAUUCUGCGUCAAUUACCACAAGUACAGAGUGAGAAGCACGCCAUCUUUCAGCUUGAAAGUCCUUUGCACAAGUCAAUUGAGCUGCUUCUGCGCACGCCACAAAACAGCGAUGAGGAGAAGAAAGUAAUGGUGAAUAAUGGCGAUAUUAUCCAUCAGGUUGAGCUCUACGGUGAUGCUGUCAUGAUCUAUCUGUCCAUAGCAGACGAGACAACUCAAGUUGACUUGUCAGCUAAACCACAUGUCUCUUCUGUUUUCAUUUUAUCAAACGAUCUUUAA